AACUCUCCGAUACAACAACGGCCGUCUGCUGUCUACUAGCAUACAGCAGCUUCGUUCUUGACGAUUAUGGGUCAUUUAAUGCAUGGGACUGUUACAAAACCCUGACGACAGCCGGCCAAAGCAUGCAAGUCACAGCAUGGGGUGCUAUUAUCGAUUCUUCCGACUAUUAUGUACUAGCUACUACGAAGUACUAAGUGUCGUUUCUACUACUGUAAUCAACACACUUCCAACGGGGACCCAACUACCGCUUACUAUCAUCGCGGCAGGGGUAAUCGUCGAAGCUUACAUCGAUGUUGUGCCUGCCUACACCACAGCAACAUACAGCACCCCUUCUGGCGAUUAUGGCGGCUAUCCCAGUGACAACUCUUCUUCCCCGCAUCAAUACUUCUUCGCUCACUUGGGGUUCGCAGUAAGCAUCGUCGUCACCAUUGUCAUUGCGCUGUCUGGCUGCUGUUUCCUGACUUGUCUGCUCAGCUGCUGCCUGGGUUCUAGCCCACGGCCAGCCAGCCCUAGACCAACUCCGCACACAUCAUCGUACUCCAAUGUUGCAGCUCCAAUACCACAGGAUAUGCCGGGUGGCUCACUAUCCCCUGAUCCUGCUGGGAGAGUAUGGAAUAACAACUUUCCAACGACACCAGCUGCGGGCUUGAUUCCGCAGAUGCCUUCAGAACAAGUUCAAGUAGAGAACAGACAAACACGAAGGAAACUAGCCAAGCCCAAGGAGAAAGGUAUUGAACCUCAAGCUAAGGUGAAGGAAGUGAAACCGAGAAUUGGGAAUGCAGCGGAUGACAGAAUUGGGGAGUUGGAAAGGAUGAGGCUUGCGGUCGAGGAUGGACGGCGGAAACAAAACGAAAGAGGAAUGGCCGUAAGAUCAGCUCGAGAGAAAGAACUAGCAGAAAAGGUUCCGGCCGGUAAAGACUUGUUGCAUUGGACGAUUAAAGAAGUCAACUGUUCAAAAGUCGUCGAUGGAAGUGCAGAGAACAUGUUUGAUCUCGGCCCAAAGUAUUCUGAUAAAGAAGGGAAGGGGAAAGCUGUAGAUGUUGACAAGAGGAUAACGCUAUCAACAACGUUUUUAAAGAUGGGAAAGGUAGCUCACUUUUCGGCAGUUCCCGAUACCAGUUGGGAGAACAUUCAUGACUUCGGCCCGCUAUAUAUGAAGCCGAAAUUCAAAGUUCAGAUGAAGGGUCGAAAAUUUCCAGUCGUUGAUUGAAUAUGAAGCGGCAUACAUAUCGACGUAGAUCGGUGUUUUGUGGUAUUGCCCUAUUGUGGAUAAGCAUUUAUGCCCCAGAGACGAAAGGUGCCUCUGUAGGGCCAGCGAUGGAUGCUGUCGUGAUACAGUGAAGGACAUUGCUCCAGUUUAUGUCAAGGGAGGGCGCCGAAUUGGACA